AUCGGAGUGGGUUUUUAAAUGUAAAAUGUCUUUGAAAAAUUAAAUAAAGUGUGAAUUAGCCCAAAAUACUUGAAUAAUUAGACAAUAAAGUCUAAAAUGUCACAGUUUUUGCCGAGAAAAGGUUAAAUCUGUGGAGUCUAAACAAAACCCUACAAGUUUCAAACUGAAAUAAGCAUUGUAGGUAAAGCUCAGGCUUAUUUCAGUAAGUUGUAUUAAGCUGCAGUGAAAGCUUCAGAGGAGGGAGGCCUGGGCGGAUGCAGAAGCCCUUCCUGUCACCCGUCAGAUAACAGCUAUCAUGGAAAGUCAAUGGCGCGCACAGACCCCACCGCCAUGAACAGUUUUAUGGGCUGAAGCCUCCGGGUCACUCAUGUUCGGAAGCAUUGACUAAUGGACAGCUAUAUUAGGAAAAUCAAUGUCCCCCUUUCCAAAAAAAAGCUAAAAAAAUAGUUCAUUUGCAAACUCAGACUCCAUGACAGGAGGUUCGUCCUGCACCGCUGUGUCCUCAUCCACCCGUAUAGAUCUGCACUGGGGGAGCCCAGUUCUCAGCAUCACAUGGAGCAUCAGGGGGGGAACGGCGGGCAAAGCAGGAAAAGCGUCCUGCACAGCUGAACUCCGAGUUGAGUGCAGGUGACGUCGAGUUGUAAAAGCCGGGGUUGAGCCGUGCCAAGAGAGACUAAUCAAGGUGUGUAAGGUGUGUUCGGCUUAUCUAAGGGACAGCAAUGUUCCAGUCCAUGUGAAAUCUGCACAUCCAGCUUUCUUCGGAUGCCUCCCAACAUUCCCACCCCCUCUGCAUGGAGGCAGCAUUUUUAAAGCUGAAGAUCAGGUGGCAGGAGCACACAGGAGGCAUGGACUCCCCACGGUCAUCAAAGCCUGGUAAGAAGCACAAGAAAAAUAAAAAUGAAAACCAUGAAGAGAAAAGCAAAGAGGUCACUGCUGCACACUCCACUCUGGCUUUGGUUGAGGACGACUCAGGGGAACUGGAUCCAUGGGAUCUGCCGGAGCUGAAGGACACGGGAAUUCCGUGGUCAGAGUUGGACACCAAGGGGAAAGUUCUGCGGGUUCUGGUGUCGAUUGCGAAGGGGGUUGCAUUGCUGGGGCUCCUUUACAUGUUCAUCUGCUCUCUUGACAUUCUCAGCUCAGCUUUUCAACUUGUUGGAGGAAAAGCCGCAGGCGACAUCUUUCAGGACAACUCGGUUCUGUCUAACCCCCUGGCCGGCCUGGUCAUUGGCGUCCUGGUGACUCUGCUGGUCCAGAGUUCGUCCACGUCCUCCUCCAUCGUUGUCAGCAUGGUGUCCUCUGGAUUGCUGACGGUCCAGGUGGCCGUUCCCAUCAUCAUGGGCACCAACAUCGGCACCUCUGUAACAAACACUUUAGUUGCCAUGACGCAAGCUGGAGAACGCAGCACCUUUCGCAGAGCCUUUGCUGGGGCCACGGUGCACGACUUCUUCAACUGGCUGUCGGUGUUGGUGCUGCUGCCUCUCGAAGUGGCCUCUGGUUAUCUGUACAAAGUCACCAAGCUCAUCAUCGACUCCUUUCAAAUCCAGAGCGGAGAGGCCCCAGACCUGCUAAACGUCAUCACCGACCCCCUUACCGAGGCCAUCAUACAGCUGGAUGAGUCUGUCAUCAGUGGAAUCGCCACCGGGGAUCCAGAAGCUCGAAACAAGAGUCUCAUCAAGGAAUGGUGCCUGACCUACACUAACACAAGCCUACAGAAUGUCACGGUUCAAGGUCCACAGAACUGCACUUCUCCAGAUUUCUGCUGGACUGAUGGCAAUGUUACCGUCACGCUGAAGAACGUGUCAGAAACGUUCAACAUAAAGAGAUGUACACAUGCCUUUGUAAACGUGAACCUGCCUGACCUGGCUGUGGGUCUGAUCCUGCUGGCGCUCUCUCUGCUGGUCCUCUGCACCUGCCUCAUCCUGAUUGUCAAGUUGCUCAACUCUAUGCUGAAGGGGCAGGUGGCUAUAGUCAUCAAAAAGAUCCUCAACACCAAUUUUCCGUUUCCGUUCGGAUGGGUCACAGGUUACAUCGCCAUCCUUGUUGGAGCUGGAAUGACUUUUAUUGUGCAGAGCAGCUCUGUCUUCACUUCAGCUAUAACUCCUCUUGUCGGUAUCGGUGUCAUCAGCAUAGAGAGGGCAUACCCGUUGUCCUUGGGUUCAAAUAUCGGCACAACCACAACCGCCAUUCUAGCAGCCAUGGCGAGUCCAGGAGAGACACUGGGAAAUGCUCUUCAGAUUGCCUUGGUGCACUUCUUGUUCAACAUCUCUGGCAUCCUCCUAUGGUACCCGAUCCCCUUCACGCGGCUGCCCAUCCGGCUGGCUAAAAGUCUGGGAAACGUGACUGCUUCCUACCGCUGGUUCGCGGCGGUCUACAUAGUCUGCUGCUUCUUUGUUCUACCGCUGUUGGUCUUCAGUCUGUCACUUGCCGGCUGGAAGGUCCUGGUGGGUGUCGGCGUUCCUCUGCUGGUGCUGCUCAUCGUCAUCGUGGUGAUCAACGUGCUGCAGAAUAAGAAACCCAACUGUCUACCCGCUGUGCUUCGGUCGUGGGACUUUCUGCCCCUCUGGGCUCACUCCCUGGAUCCUUGGGACAAAGUGGUCACUGUGAUUGCUGCCAAAUGCUGCUGCUGCUGCAAAUGUUGCCAAAUUGUAACAGAAAAACAAGACGAUGAAGAGCAAAACUCUGAGGAAAAAAGCAAGGAAAUACAAGCAGCAGCCUAUGACAACCUUGCAAUGAUUACAGAGGAGAAAGACAAAGAUCAGGCAAAUAUAGAGCCAAACGUUCUUAGCAUGACUCAGCUUUAAGGGGUUAGUUUUUAACGAUAAAAUAACAGUUUUUAUUUUUUGCACAAGGACCAAUAAGGUUUUUUGGAGGUUUGUGGUAAUUUUAUUUGCUUUAAAAAACCUACAAAAAUACUGAUAGUUUAUCUGUUAAUGAUGCAAAAAUACAGGAUUUGUUCCUCACCUGGAAGCCUUAAAACCAUACAGGUGGGAAUUUACUGCCAGGGGCGCUGCUAUGAUCUCUGGGGGCUUUGGGCAACAAAACCCCUAUUAUUUAAUAUAAUAAAUAAAACUAAAUUAAAUUUAAAAAUGUUAUUACAAAAUUGCACUUACAUUUAUUUUAUAAAAAGAUAAAUUAUAUGAUAGUUAUAUUAUUUUAUAAAGUUUUGGUUGUUUUAACAUGACAUUUAAAAAAAGUUUUUGUUGCAUUUGUAUGCUUUAACAUUUACAGUGUUUACAGUUUUUUUUUUUUUUUACAGAGAGAGAAAUUUAACAUGGUUUCAUAUAGAAUAAUCAAACUUUGAGUUGCAUUUUUUUCAGUGAUGGAAAUAACUUUUGGUUGCACAAAUUCAAAAAGUAAAAAAAAAAAAAGAUAAAAUUCCACUCCAAUCAUCUUUUUAUCUAUUGUAAGAGGUUUCCCAAUCGUCUUUGAAAUUUGUUUUUUUUUUCUGUAUUAAUUUUUAUCCAAAUUCAAGAAAUAUGUUGUUUUCAAGGACGUAGUUUCCUUACACUGUCAAUGCAAAGGCUCCACAUUGCUGCUGUAGUGAGUCUCCUUCAGGGGCCCCCUUUCUGGCACGGGGCUCAAAGAAUCGGCCGGCCCGACCGGUCGGCAAUCAGCACUCCAAUCUAGAAUAUUUGUUACUCUGGUACCGUUUAUUGAAUCUGUGGAAGCUGACUCUGGUAGGAGUUAUGGUCCAGACUUGGGCUACUGUUUUAUCUGUGUUGUCACUGAGGGUGGAAGCUGCAUUGACGGACAGCCACAAGUCCUUUUUUCUGAAAGCAAUUUGACCUUUGAGGUCGCACAGAGCGGGAAACAAAAUGUGACAGUAGGAUGAUAUUAAA